CUCCCUCCUAACCCGGACAAAAUCCCACCGCCCAACCCUCCCCCUCCUGUGUGACGCAAAAGUCUCUUCAAGACGCUUCUCCCAGCCCUGCAAGCCUCCGGCCCAAUGCGUUCCACCACAACUUCUAGAAAUGCACGAAUACCACAACGUCGCCGACGGAAGUCUUGAGAUACUAUACAGAGCAUUUGAAGAGUUGACGGGGGAUAGAGACGACGUUGAUGUUGAGUUUAAUUCCGGCGUACUGACAUUCGUCCACCCGAACGGAACCUACGUUAUCAACAAGCAGCCCUUUAAUAGGCAGAUAUGGCUGAGUUCCCCGGUGAGCGGACCGAAGCGGUACGAUUGGAAUUGCAACGAUUGGGUGUCGGCCCGGGAUGGGAGUCGGAUGAAGGAUUUGCUGGGGAAGGAGGUCGGGAUCAAGGUCGGGUUUGUGGGGUUGGAUCUUAUGAAAUCAUAGAUUCUUUCUUCUUUUCUUUCCUUCUUGCUUUUCUCGCUCUCUUACCCAUUGGCUGUCGUAGCCUUUACCUUUCGUGCCCCGGAAAAAUUCGGGCUGCUCUACUAGAGAGGAGAAAAACCCAAUAUGAAGCGAGUGAGAUUGUGCAAGUCGA